GGGAUUAAGCUUUUAUGUAACGCCUUAUAUGGCAGCAGCAUUGGGAGUUCGCCUUUCUAUAUGGUUAGGAGCAGUAACCUGUGGGUUCAGCUUUUUGUGUGCAGUGGGUCUCGUAUUGCUUCUUCAAAGGCAGGAGCCCGGAGAAGCAGACGAUUAUGAAAAAACCAAAAUACCAACACUAACAGAUAUAUGGACAGUGCCAAAGCAAUUUUGGCUAUUCAUAAUGGCGAUGGCGUUUAUCCAAGGCACUUUGAUCGGCUCCCAGGUCAAUUUACCGGAGUAUUUAGAAUCACGGUAUGACUACACUAUAACAGAGGCAGGCUUCAUGACCGGCGUUACUUGUCUCUUCAAUAUUUCAGCACCUUUCCUCAGCUUAAUCAUUAAGCAUAUCGGCUGUCAUGGAGUUGUUCUCAUGACUGCUAUCAUAUGGAUGACGUCUGUUUAUGCGCUAUUGGGGUUCCUUCCGGCCAUCCACCCUCUUAUCCUAACCGUUUCAUUUGGAAUAGGAACAAGUACAAUAACAGUAACAAUGUGGCAGGUCCUUAUACUCCUCAGUCCCGCCUCCUGUGUGGGGACUCUCGGAGGGAUUUUAUUGUUGGUGAGACACCUUACUGUAGCGUUCACCUUACUUGCCUCGGGUUAUAUACUGGAGAAACCUGAAGUAACUGACAUGAUGAAAGUCCUACAAUCAUAUCAGAAUUUCUUUUUGAUGUUGAUAAUUAUGGCGUCCACAAGUGUGCUUUGUGUAAUGGUGAUGAAUGUCCUCGAUGUCAGAGAAUCAUCUGCAUUAAACUCCAGGAUAGGCAGUUGGAGGAAAUCCGACAUAGAAUCAACAAAACUAAUUGCAAUCACUCGAUCUUCAAUGAAGUACUCCUCAACGAAUAAAUAGAUGCUAAAACCACCAUUGACGGGAUUUAAAAUGUUUCGUUUAUCAGGUUUAUAAACAGGGAAACCUUAAACUGAAAUGAGGAAGUUAAUGAUGGAUUGUGUCAAAUGUACUAGAGUUCAAUUUUAGAGUGUAUUUAUGCCAGAUAACUGCCAUAAUUC